AUGGAUGUGGCAGAUCCAAAUCCUCUGCUUUCAUCACAGAAGUCUUCAGACUCUGGACUCCAGGCCGUUCUUCAUCCUCUCGUCCUUCUCACAAUCUCAGAUUAUAUCACACGACAUACCCUGAGAGCCCAGCAGGGGCCUGUGGUUGGCGCUCUAAUAGGACAACAGAAUGGAAGGGAAGUUACUAUCGAGCAUGCCUUCGAGUGUGCCACUAUUGCUAAGGAUGGCAAUAUUCUUCUUGAUGCCAACUGGUUUGCACAGCGAUUAGAGCAGAUGAAAACAAUACAUAAAUCUCCCCAACUCGACCUUGUCGGCUGGUAUACCGUCUUGCCCAAGAGUGGCCCGACUCUAUCCAUACUCCCUAUUCACAACUGGAUCCUAUCAGAGCAUAAUGAGUCGUCUCUUCUACUCGGAUUCCACCCCGAAGAGGCAGUCCAACAGGCAGCAGGAAGCAAGCUCCCCCUAACCAUUUACGAAUCCAACUAUGAGGUUGAUGAACCGAAAGCAGAUCAAGGCGAGGACAAAGAGAUGCGAGACGGAGACCCCCCUCUCAAGUUGAAAUUUAGGGAGCUACCCUAUUCGGUAGAGACGGGUGAGGCGGAGAUGAUAAGCAUGGACUUCGUAGCUCGUGGUGUUGGAAAUGCCACGGUGGUCGAGCCCAGGCAGCAGAAGAAACCAGAGUCAGACCCGAAGGGCAAACAGCCUGCGAAAGCGACGGAAGCUCAAGAUAAGGACGAGAAAUCAGAAGAGCACAUACUGACAAGCGAGGACGAGGAACUAAUUGCGGCACUCACGGCCAAGGCAAAUGCUAUCAAGAUGUUGCAAUCUCGCGUCAACCUUCUUACAACAUAUCUCGAACGACUACCCCCGUCCUACCUAUCUCCGAACAACGCGACGGACCUCUCCGAGGGUCAACAGACGACUCCUUCACAUACAAUCCUCCGAUCUAUCCAGGCCCUCGUCAACAGACUACCGCUACUAGUACCAUCCAACACGAAUGCUUACGAAGAGGAGAUGAUCAGCGAGGCCAACGAUGUACACCUGAUGGAGCUCCUAAACGAGGUGCUCCAGAGUAUCACAGAAGCCCGCGAUGUCGGCAAGAAGCACAGUGUUGUCGAGAGCACGAAAGCCCACUACAAACGAAUGCUAGAAAAUUCGGCACCCCUAAGCUUUGGUCAUUCUAAUCCGGGAGACCUUGCGAUUUGA